AUGGAUUCUGACUUCUGGACUUCGCGUCUUGCCGCCGCCAAACGCCAAUAUACGCUUCAGCAUCACCAUCAAAAUUCUCAUUUAGAUCGGUUGGGAAUUGAUGAUUUUGAUGUGGAAGAAGAGGUGCGACCCGAUUUCCCGUGCCCCUAUUGUUAUGAAGACUUUGACAUCGCAUCUCUGUGUUCUCAUCUUGAAGACGAACAUUCUUAUGAAUCAGGAGUCACGAUUUGUUCCAUAUGCUCCGUUAAAGUAGCAAGGGACAUGUUAAGUCACAUAACGCUGCAACAUGGGCACUUAUUUAAGAUAUCCUUUUACACCGAUAGAAGACGCAGGUUAAGAAGAGUUGCUAUUCCAAACAGUCAGACAUUGUCUCUCUUGGGCAGAGAUCUUCGUGAGGCUCAUCUACAGGUGCUUCUUGGUGCUGGUGCUGGUGCAUACCGGUCAAAUAGUGCAGCAGUGUCUAAUGUUGCUACUGAUCCCUUUCUAUCCUCAUUUAUUUUGAAUUUCCCGUCCUGUGAAGCCGAAGAAAUUUCAAAAUCUGUGGUAACAAGUGCUGAGGAUUCUUCUGCCAAAAAUGUGACACCUGAACAUAUUUGGAAAUCGAGUUUUGACCCCUCGUUGAGUACCGAAGAACGAGAGAAAAGGAUGAGACAAGCCGCUGGGAGAUCUGGUUUUGUGCAGGACUUGUUUCUUUCAACUCUGUUAGGCGACUAA